CAAAACGAAAACAUUAGCCACUCAAUUUUAACAAAUUUAAUGCUCAAUAGUAAUUAACAAAUUAUGAGCGCCCACCACAGGCCCCUCGAUGAUUCAGAUGUUGCGUUAAUACAUACGAUACGUUCUACGCCAUCGCUAUACGACCACAGACAUGGAGACUUUCGCCUUUCGCAAAGAAAGGAAGAGGAUUGGGCCAAAGUGGCUGAGACCUUAAACAUUUCAUCGCCCGAUGCACGACGCAGAUGGACUUGUCUGCGAGACCGAUAUUCGCGAGAGCUUAAACAAAUGCGUUUGCAUCCGAACUCUGAAUUUGGACACAAUGACUUUUUUAGGCAAAUGGACUUUUUACGGGAGUUUGUGCGAAAACGUCGCGAGAGAAGCCGUCGUGACGAUACGCCAACAAGUUGGCUGAAAACGGAGGUGAGAGCACCCAAAUUGAAAGCACGUCCCGAGCCGGAUACACUUAUUGAACAGGACCUGGAUGAGUCGCAAGUGUACGAUGAGUGUGAUCACAACUACGAUGCCGAUGCCAAGCUGGAAGUGCAGACUACGCAAUCGGAAAGUUAUUCGGUGCUAGUCGAAGCGGAUGAUGGAGACGGGCAUGAUUCAUAUGAGGAGUACAUGGCCGAUUCCGAAUCAGCCGAUCAGAAAGUCUUGCCCACAAUGCAACCAUCUCCAUCUCUGGUCACAGUGCAUACUGAGGCACCGACGACGGGCACAGUGUGCACUGCAGGGGUCUCGCCGUCUGAUGCUGGCCAUUCUCAGGCGGACAUUGACUAUAUGGUCUGUGUGCCGAAUGUCCGAGUCGAGCGGGAGCAUUUGCCGCCAAUUAAGCCUGAAGCAUCGCCCGGAUUCGAGGCAGUAACCGCACCAACUGCCACGAGCGCGUCCAACGAGACUGAGGAUGACUUCUUCUGUAAAUCGGUGGCGGCCUAUUUGCGACAAUUGUCGCGACGGCAUAAAAUAAAGGCAAAAGUGGAAAUGUUCCAGGUUUUGGAGAAGUACAUAUUGCUUGAGGAGUCCGCAACAGCGCCUGGGACGAGUCACAAUGGUUAAGCAGGUUACAUAGCGACAUAUGUACAUAUAGUUUUUAAAUAGAUUUUUAUGGAGUACAAAUAUACAACUGACAAA